ACAACCCGCCCACUCUCCCCGUCCGCUGCGGUCCUAUCUCCUUCUGCAGCCCGGGGUUGAGCGGGGCUUCGCCUGGCCUCUACCUCUCCCGGAGGCUGCCGACUCCCGCCGGCCGUCAUGGCGGAGUUGGGCCUAAAUGAGCACCAUCAAAAUGAAGUUGUGAAUUACAUGCGUUUUGCUCGGUCAAGAAGAGGCUUGAGACUCAAAACCGUAGAUUCCUGCUUCCAGGACCUCAAGGAGAGCAGGCUGGUGGAGGAGACCUUCACUGCGGACGAGGUCUCGGAGGUGCUGCGCGGGCUGCGGGCCGUGGUGCACAGCGAGGUGGAGUCCGAGCUCAUCGACACGGCGCACACCAACGUGCUGCUCCUGCGGCAGCUUUUCGCGCAAGCGGAGAAGUGGUACCUCAAGCUGCAGACAGACAUCUCGGAACUUGAAAACAGAGAAUUAUUAGAACAAGUUGCAGAAUUUGAAAAAGCAGAAUUUACAUCUUCCAACAAAAAGCCCGCCAUCGAUGUCGUAAAGCCAAAACUCGCCCCACUGAACGAGGGUGGAACGGCGGAGCUCCUGAAUAAGGAAAUUUUAAGACUUCAAGAAGAAAAUGAGAAACUGAAGUCAAGGCUGAAGACCCUUGAGAUACAGGCCACGGCUGCGCUGGAGGAGAAGGCGAAGCUGGAAAGCGCACUGCACGGCUUGCAGCUGGAGCAGGGAAACCAGCAGGAUUUUAUAAAGGCCCAGGACUUGAGUGACUUGGAAAGCACGGUUGCCGCUUUGAAGACUGAGUUUCAGAAGACACUGAGUGACAAGACGGAAAACCAGAAGUCCCUGGAGGAGAGUCUGGCGACAGCCAAGCACGACCUGCUCAGAGUUCAGGAGCAGCUGAGCAUGGCCGAAAAGGAAUUAGAGAAGAAAUUCCAACAAACGGCAGCUUACCGAAACAUGAAGGAGAUCCUGACCAAGAAGAACGACCAGAUCAAAGACCUGCGGAAAAGACUGGCGAAAUACGAACCCGAAGACUAAAAAUGGAAGAAGAUUUCCUCUGAAGCUGCCACACGAAACAUGAGCGUACCUGCUGUUCCGCACCUUGGGCGUGUAUUCUGAAGCGGUUGAUUAUAUCCCCCCUCUCUGUUUUUCCCAUGUUCAGGCUUGGCUCCUACCACGUAAAACUGGCGUGCCUGCCUGUCUUCAGGUGUCUGCCCGAGGAGCGCGAGCCUGGCUCGGGCAGGCCGCCCCAAACUCCCCUCCGCCGCGUGUCGCAGUGAGUCUUAGUUCAGACGCACUGAGGGUCCUUCACAGCAGGGAAGAGGUUUCCAGCGCGGGAAGGGGAGUGCUGUCCCUUUGCAUUCGUGUGAAGAGUGCACCUCUUCAGUAAACAUUAAAGCCAGCGGUCUCUGCACGCGUGCAUCCCCCAGGGUAGAUACAGGCAUAGUGCUAUGAACCAUAGUUAUUACAAAUAAACCUUAUUUU